AUGGGGAACCACGAAAACCAGCCUUUACUGCCAUCUAAGGAGCAACCUUCAAGCCGCACCUGGCCAAGCCAGCAGCAAGGAUUCGCUUGGUCACUGAUGGCGUUUCAGACACUUUGCCUGCUCUGUUUUGCUUGGAAGUUCGACUUGGCGAAUCCCGGCAACACCAACACCAACACCAACGCGGAGACGGACACCGACCCAGCUCGUCUGCGCGGCUACUACACAAUGUACAUGGACGUCCAUGUGAUGAUCUUCGUUGGCUUCGGGUUCUUGAUGACCUUCCUCCGCAAAUACAGCAUGAGUGCUGUGUCGCUCAACUUCAUCGUCGCCGUCAUGUCGCUGCAAUGGGGGAUCAUCGUGGUGACCCUCGUUCACCAAUUUGGCGACGGCGAGUUUUCGACCAAAAUCAUCGACGUCCCGACAUUGAUCAACGGUGACUUCGCUGCGGGCGCUGUUCUCAUCAGCUUUGGGGCACUACUGGGCAAGAUCACCCCUACUCAGCUGGUGUGGAUGACAUUCCUCGAAAUCAUCUUCUACGCCAUCAACGAGUUCGUCUUGACCGAGUAUUUGGAGGUUGUAGACGCUGGAGGCUCCAUGGUGAUCCACGCGUUUGGUGCCUUCUUUGGGCUUGCCUUAACGAUCAAGCUGGGAGUCCCAAGUGAGACGGAGCAAAUCCACAACACCUCGCAGUACAACUCGGAUGUCUUCGCCAUGAUUGGCACCCUAUUCCUCUGGAUCUACUGGCCGUCAUUCUGCGCCGCAAUGGUGCCCGCAGCCGGGUUUCAGCAGGAGCGGGCCGUUGUGGCUACUGUGCUUAGCAUCUCGGCGUCUUGUGCGUCGGCUUUCGCUGCGACGAAGGUGAUGAGCCACGCGAAAAAGUUUGACAUGGUGCACGUGCAAAACGCCACACUUGCGGGAGGUGUAGCCAUCGGCACGAGUUGCAACCUCGGAGUUAGCCCUGUCGCGGCAAUUACGAUCGGCCUAUUCGCUGGUUUCGCCUCCGUCUUUGGGUACUGUUUCGUGUCACCGUUCCUCGAACGAUCGAUGCGCAUGUCGGACACGUGUGGAAUCCUCAACUUGCACGGAAUGCCCGGUGUGGUUGGAGGAAUCGCAGCCGCUCUGAUCACGCUAGUCGUCUCGGACGAGUACUACGGCGAAGGGCUGACGGACGUUUACACGGCACGUGCUUACCGUAGUGCCGGAGAACAGAGCUUCUUCCAAUUUGUGGCGAUAGUGCUUACGGUGGCGUUUGCAAGUCUAUCGGGUUCGGCCGUCGGAUCCUUUUUGAUGUCUCCACGCUUCCGACAGCAGAAGAUGAAGUUUGAAGAUGAAGAAUGGUUCCACGUGCCCGAUGAGCUCCAUGCUUAG